GUGAAGCAGACAAAACCCCUUCCAGUACCACUCGCACUGCUGACAUCUCUCAGUGUAGGGAGUCAUAUCGGGGCCUUUUUUCUAUAUAGUUUAUAUAGAGAGUGUGGCUUAAUUAUCAUCUGGGGAUAUAGAAAAAAAAACAAAAAAAACUAAACAUUUAACAGGUUAGGAUAAUUGUAGGGACGAGACAACCCCAAGCAAGAUGUUAGAUCCGUCGUCCAGCGAGGAGGAAUCUGACGGGAUAGUGGAGGAGGAAAGCAAAGAGGCGAUGGCUCCCCAGGCCGGAUCCCGCAUCUCUCCCAGCAGGACGAGCGAGAGCUCCGGCGGUCUGGCGCCCAGCAGCAGCCGCAGCAGCGCCCGCCCCACCAGCCCCAGCCCGUCCGCCGCCAGCGAGGAGAAGGAGGACCUGGAGAAGCUGCACAGAGAGGAGGAGGACCGCAAAAAGAAGCUGCAGUUGUAUGUUUUUGUGAUGCGAUGCGUCGCUUAUCCAUUCAAUGCAAAGCAGCCCACAGAUAUGGCAAGGCGACAGCAAAAGAUAACCAAGCAGCAGCUUCAGCAGACCAAGGAUCGCUUCCAGGCCUUCCUCAAUGGAGACACACAAAUCGUAGCUGAUGAAGCAUUCAUCAACGCUGUGCAGAGUUACUCUGAGGUGUUUGUAAAGAGUGACCGUGUGGCCAAGAUGGUCCAGAGCGGCGGCUUCUCGACCAACGAUUUCAGGGAAGUGUUCAAGAGGCACAUCGAGAAGCGUGUGCGCAGCCUACCGGAAAUCGACGGUCUGAGCAAGGAGACGGUCCUGAGCUCCUGGAUGGCCAAGUUUGACACCAUCUACCGUGGCGACGAGGACCCGCGGAAGGCACAGCAACGCAUGACCGCCAGCGCGGCGUCUGAGCUGAUCCUCAGCAAGGACCAGCUGUACGAGAUGUUCCAGAAUAUCCUUGGCAUUAAGAAGUUUGAGCACCAGCUGCUAUAUCAAGCCUGUCAGUUGGACAACCUGGACGAACAGGCUGCACAGAUCAGAAGAGAACUGGAUGGUCGUCUUCAGAUGGCAGACCAAAUUGCCAGGGGUGGUAAGUUCCCAAAAUUUGUGUCUAAAGAGAUGGAGGCCAUGUACAUCGAGGAACUCAAGUCUUCAGUGAAUCAGCUGAUGGCCAAUCUGGAGAGCAUGCCCGUGUCCAAGGGUGGGGAGUUUAAACUGCAGAAGCUGAAACGUGGCCACAACACCUCCAUCAUUGACAUGGGCCAAGAAGAUGAGAACACACUGUCCAAAUCUGACGUGGUCCUGUCCUUCACUCUGGAGGUGGUGAUCAUGGAAGUGGUGGGGCUGAAGUCUCUGGCACCGAACAGGAUUGUUUACUGCACCAUGGAGGUGGAAGGCGGCGAGAAACUUCAGACCGACCAAGCAGAGGCAUCCAAGCCGACUUGGGGGACCCAAGGGGACUUCACCACCACGCACCCUCUGCCCGGCGUCAAGGUGAAGCUGUUUACGGAGAGUACAGGCGUGCUGGCGCUGGAGGACAAAGAACUGGGCAGGGUUGUUCUCCACCCAACGCCUAAUAGCCCCAAAGCGUCAGAGCUUCACAAGAUGACUGUGACCAAGGCUUGUCCUGACCAAGAUCUCAAGAUCAAACUGGCCAUAAGAAUGGAUAAACCACAGAACAUGAAGCACUGCGGGUAUCUGUGGGCCUUUGGGAAGAAUGUCUGGAAGCGCUGGAAGAAGCGUUUCUUUGUCCUUGUGCAGGUGAGUCAGUAUACAUUUGCAAUGUGCAGCUACAGAGAAAAAAAAUCAGAACCGCAAGAGCUUCUGCAACUGGACGGGUAUACUGUGGACUACUGUGACCCCCAACCAGGCUUGGAUGGUGGCAGGGCUUUCUUCAAUGCGGUGAAGGAAGGUGACACUGUGAUCUUUGCCAGCGAUGAUGAGCAGGACCGCAUCCUGUGGGUCCAGGCCAUGUAUCGCGCCACCGGCCAGUCCCACAAGCCUGUCCCGCCCACUCAGGUCCAGAAACUAAACUCCAAAGGUGGUGCUUCAGCCCAAAUGGAUGCCCCCAUAUCUCAGUUCUACGCUGACAGAGCUCAGAAACACGGCAUGGAUGAGUUUAUCUCCGCUAAUCCCUGUAGCUUUGACCACGCCUCACUUUUUGAGAUGGUGCAGAGGCUCACGUUGGACCACAGGCUCAAUGACACCUUCUGCUCUUUGGGAUGGUUCAGUCCAGGCCAGGUGUUUGUCUUGGAUGAGUACUGUGCGAGGAAUGGAGUUCGAGGUUGUCACAGACAUCUGGGUUACCUGCGCGAUCUACUGGAAAGGGCAGAAAAUGGGGCUAUCAUUGACCCCACUCUUCUUCACUACAGCUUCGCUUUUUGUGCCUCCCAUGUCCAUGGGAACAGGCCAGAUGGGCUGAGCACGGUGAUUGUUGAUGAGAAGGAGCGCUUUGAAGACAUCAAGGAGCGGUUGCGUGUGAUUUUGGAGAACCAGAUUGUAAAUUUCAGAUAUUUUUUCCCCUUCGGUCGUCCUGAGGGUGCUCUGAAGGCCACUUUGUCCCUGCUGGAGAGGGUCCUGAUGAAGGACAUCGUCACCCCAGUUCCACCAGAGGAGGUUAAAGGAGUCAUCCGCAAAUGUUUGGAGCAGGCCGCGCAACUCAACUACGAGCGGCUUAAAGAAUUUGCUAAAAUUGAAGUUGAGAAAGGUCAGAAGGAUCAGAAGGAUCCAGAGAACGUAGGCCAGUUAGUCACGCCUGCCAAAAAGCUGGAGGAAACAAUUCGCCUGGCGGAGUUAGUCAUAGAGGUCCUCCAGCAGAACCAGGAACACCACGCGGAGGCGGCAGUCACAAGUUCUGGAGAUCAAUCGGCGUUUGCAUGGUGGACAGACCUCAUGGUUGAGCAUGCAGAAAACUUCCUGGCCCUCUAUGCCAUUGACAUGGAUGCAGCUCUGGAGAUCCAGUCUCCUGAAAGUUGGGACAGCUUCCCUCUUUUCCAGCUACUCAACGACUUCCUCCGAUCAGACUAUCAUCUGUGCAAUGGAAAGUUCCACAAACACCUUCAGGAUCUGUAUGCUCCUCUUGUGGUUAGAUAUGUGGAUCUGAUGGAGACUUCAAUCGCUCAGUCGAUUCACAAGGGCUUCGAUAGAGAGUCCUGGGAACCUGUGAAGAGUUUAACAAGUAAUCUGCCCAAUGUGAAUCUACCAAAUGUGAACCUCCAAAUUCCCAAAAUACCAAAUCUGCCAGUGCCAGUAGCAGGACUACCAGUUAACCUUCCACAAAUGCCUAGCUUUUCUACCCCGUCAUGGAUGGCUGCUAUAUAUGACUCUGAUAACGGCUCCGGGACGUCGGAGGACCUCUUCUGGAAGCUGGACGCCCUUCAGACUUUCAUCAGAGACCUGCACUGGCCCGAAGACGAGUUUGCCAAACACCUCGAGAGUCGCAUGAAACUCAUGUCGAGCAACAUGAUUGAGAACUGCGUCAAGCGCACUCGGAUGGCGUUCGAGUCCAAGCUGGUAAAGAGCAGCAAGUCCACAGAUUUCCGUGUGUCUCCAUCAUUAUGCACUAUGUUCAACGUGAUGGUGGAUGCCAAGGACCAGUCAGCAAAAUUGUGUGCCAUGGAGUUGGGCCAAGAGAAACAACUUCACACCAAAAUCGAUGAACUGAUUGAGGAGAGUGUGAAGGACAUGAUCCAGCUCCUGGUUGCAAAGUUUGUUGCCAUUCUGGAAGGAGUGUUGGCUAAGAUUUCCAGAUACGAUGAAGGGACUCUCUUCUCCUCUUUCCUCUCAUUCACGGUGAAGGCUGCCUCAAAAUAUGUGGAUGUACCUAAACCUGGAAUGGAUGUAGCCGACGGCUAUGUGACCUUUAUGCGCCACUCUCAGGACAUGCUUCGUGAUAAGGUCAAUGAGGAGGUGUAUAUAGAAAGGUUAUUUGAUCAAUGGUACACUGCCACCAUGAACCUGCUGGGGACCUGGCUCACUGAACGCAUGGAUCAGCAGCUCCACGUCUACCAGCUCAAGAUCCUCAUCAGGAUCACAAAGAAAAAGUACAGAGAUUUCCGCCUGCAGGGUGUCCUUGACUCCACCCUGAACACUAAGAUGUACGAUACGGUGCGCAACAGGCUGACUUUGGAGGAGGCCACUGCUUCGGUGAGGGAAGGAGGCAUGGCGGGCAUUUCCAUGAAGGACAGCGACGAGGAGGAUGAAGAGGACGACUAGAGCCUGUGCAGCAAUCAUCAAAACCCCUCCUCCCCCUCACCCCGACCCCCUUUCACACUUUUGACUUUAGCCUGGUUACCGAUGCAUGUACCAACUCAGAUAGCCACUCUAGGACCUCUUUGUCAGCUCGAAAUGCCUAUGAAGGAACUAUUAACUAUAAAAUAGAAGUUAUACAGAAGAAAAAUAAAAAUAAAAAAAAGUCAAAAAUAACCAUGAUUGGCAGUUUAGCUGUGUCAUGAUGAAGAUAGCACCUAUCUUUGAUCUUCAUGCAUUUCUAAAUUCAUUUCUAUGUGUUACUAAGCAAUAUGGAGAACCAUUUGUUUGACAAUGUUGAGUGAGAUUAAUAGGUGUGUCCCUGUCCAAUGCAAACCUAUAUGGCGCUUCUUUGUCGUAUUCUACAUUCAUUAAUGGUACGUUGUCGUGAUGAUGAGUGUGUGGACCCUUUUCUUUGUCUUGUCUGUUUUUAAGUGAAUGCCAACUGCUUCUAAAUGAAAAUAAAACCUCUGUAUUUGUUUACGGCUGUUACAGAUAAACUGUUGUCUACUCACUGUUAUCAACACCGGCAGUAAGUCUAGACCUGCAUUUUUAUCAUGUGUCAAUGCUAUGUGAUCUCAUCUCAAUUAGACACGGUUCAACAGAAAUCUUGAACUUCAGCGAGACUUCAGUGAGAGGGUAUUCAGGAGAUGCAAUAUUCUCAUAGCUCCAUUUUGAUAACUUGGAAGAUUCUAUUUUUGUUUCAGCAUUUUAAAAAAAAAGAAGAAAAAAAAACCUUGAAACAGGUUCUAUUUUAAUUGAGUUGCACUUUUACAGAGAAAAGAGCAAAAAUAUUUUUUUUUAUUAAAGAAAAAAGUUGGUCCGUCUUUGUUCUGUAACUGUGUAGAAUGAGAUGUGUGGCAUUUGUUUGGGUCUCACUGUUGUUUUGUAUAUAUGAUAUAAAUAUAUAUAAAUAUAAAAUGCUGUACAUUGCAUUCUGAGCCAUCGCUGCAUGCCUGUGGGUUCCCACCCUCCCCAAACGCUUUCUGUUUUCUGUGUGAAUUAGCUGGUGGAUUCAUUCUUGCUUUUUGCCUUAUGAAAGCCAACAGUUGUAAUAUGCAAGAGCUGUGGCCUCCAAAUAAAAAUUAUUGUA